UGAAAUAAAGAGAGAAAAGAGAGUCCCCUCACCGGAUGUUAUAGUGUUAUCUGACAAUGAACCUUCUAGCCCUAGAAUGAAUGGUUUAACAAAAAUAGCAUUAAAGGAGACCAACACGGAGGCACUCAUGAAAAGCAGUCCAGAGGAGCGUGAGAGAAUGAUUAAACAACUAAAAGAAGAGUUACGGUUAGAAGAAGCGAAGCUCGUUUUAUUGAAAAAGUUACGGCAAAGUCAAAUCCAGAAGGAGACCACUACUCAGAAGCCUGCUGGUUCCUCUGGGAGUGCUGUGGCCACCCCUCCGCCCUUGGUGCGGGGACCGCAGAGCGUUCCUGCUGGCAAGCCGUCCCUCCAGACCUCUUCUACGCGUAUACCAGGCACUGUUAUUCCUCCUCCCUUGGUCCGUGGAGGGCAGCAGACUUCUUCGAAAUUAGGAACUCAGCAAAACACGCAGAUAGUAAUGCCACCUCUUGUCAGAGGAGCACAGCAAAUCCACAACAUCCGACAGCACUCCAGCACGGGGCCGCCUCCGCUGCUGCUGGCACCGCGGGCAUCGGUCCCCAGCGUACAAAUUCAGGGGCAGCGAAUUAUCCAGCAGGGUCUGAUCCGCGUCGCCAACGUCCCCAACACCAGCCUGCUUGUCAAUAUCCCGCAGGCUUCACCGACUUCAAUCAAAGGUACAGCCGUGACAUCCGCUCAGGCUAAUGCUACUACGACCAGCGCCGCUUCCAUCGUCAACUCCAACGACUCGCCGGCCAGCCGGCAAGCCGCCGCCAAGCUCGCCUUGCGGAAGCAGCUGGAGAAGACGCUGUUGGAGAUCCCUCCUCCCAAGCCACCUGCACCAGAGAUGAACUUCCUGCCCAGUGCGGCUAACAACGAAUUUAUUUACUUAGUCGGGUUGGAAGAAGUUGUGCAGAAUUUGCUGGAAACUCAAGGUAAAGUUUCGGUUGCUGUAUCGUCUCGUGAGCCCUAUAUGUGUGCUCAGUGUAAGACUGACUUCACCUGCCGUUGGAGGGAGGAGAAGAACGGAACCAUUAUGUGUGAAACCUGCAUGACAUCAAAUCAGAAAAAGGCCUUGAAAGCUGAGCACACUAACCGACUGAAGGCUGCCUUCGUAAAAGCACUGCAGCAAGAGCAGGAGAUUGAGCAAAGGAUACUGCAACAGACUGCGUCUCCUGUGCAGACCAAGUCAGACCCUAUAGUGCAGCACCACUCGCUCAAGCAGACUUCUAGCCAGAUGUCUCGAGGUCCUCCCGGAGCUCCGCGAGGAGUGUUGCAUGCAUUUAGCCAGUCACCCAAGUUGCAGAAUGCAUCGUCUGCAGCAGCACUUGGGAGUAGGCCAGGUAAGCAUGCUGAGAGACCUGUCAGCAAGGGCAGCGCUGCCGCCUGGAAGAAGACUCCCAUCAAUACAGGUGGGGCUUUACCUUUUGUUAAUCCUAGUUUAGCUGUGCACAAGUCGUCUUCAGCAGUAGACCGCCAGCGUGAAUAUCUCCUGGAUAUGAUUCCCCCACGGUCCAUCCCACAGUCCGCCACGUGGAAAUAAUGCAGAGGAACGCCCAAGAGGAAGACUUUCCUGUUUCUGCCAUCCUUUUUGUACCACAUUACAGUGGAAUCUGCUUUAAUCCCAGCUGGAUAUGCCCCAGGCUUUAUAGGAUGCAAGAAGACCACUCCUCAUCCCAUCGAGUGCUGCUGUCCCUGCUAUCAGAAAAUGAUACCACGUGGGUGGGAAAGACUUAAGCUCAUUUGGUUCUCAGAUUCUUAGGAUUGACUGAUGAUGAAGGCUGUCAGGGAAGGGGAAGAAUUCUUUCUUUUUUUUUUUCUUUUUUUGGCUUUAUGUAUUUAGUUUGGAUUUUUUUGUCACCAGCACAAAAGGAGGACUAAAUGACUCUCUGCCUUUGGUUUCUUUAUUAAUAACUACCCGUUCACCAGGAACAUGGUGUUCGUUCGCGAUCGAGCACGGAUGUCAGUUCAAGGAGAGAGGAGUUUCAACCCGAUCUUGCAGAUGCAUUUAGUGAGCCGAGUUCAUGUUUGCUUUUCUUCCCUGCCCCUCUUCCAGCCAGGAAGGCAGUCUGCAGAUUGUAAUGUUUCCAAAUCUUCUGAUGGCGAGCUAAUGAUAAAUAAGUGCAAACUCAAAUUCCAGUUGAGUAUGGUUUUUUUCCUAAGGGACUGGCUGCCACCAAAACUUGUCUGCUAGGUGGGAACCGGUGCAGGAGUCUCUCACUUUUGUUGGAUUCUGUUUUGAAUAGACUUUGAACUGUUGGUAGUCUAAAAAUCUAAUUCACUGAAUAGACAAAACACCUUUGUUCAGUCUUUCUAAUUCAGCGAAGAGCAGUUGGGCCUUUCACAUGUUUCCAGAGACUUAAAAGUGAAACUGUUU